AUGCCGUAUUACAAGCUCACUUACUUCAAUCUUCGAGAACUAGCUGAGGGCGCCCGGCUUAUUCUGAAGUAUUCGGGCACAGACUUUGACGACAUUAGACUACCCAUGGACGAAUGGGAGAAAAUUAAACCCGGAAUGCCUUUCAGGCAAGUUCCAAUUCUUGAAGUUGACGGAGUCAUAAUUCCGCAAUCAACGGCUAUUUACCGAUUUCUUGGGCAACAAUUUGGUAGGUUCAUUUCGCUCUCAGCAAAUUCUGCUAUUUGCCAGGUUGAUUUCCUAGUUGGGUGCAGAUCAUUCUUUUCCAUAUUAAGAACUGCCAGUUGGCCACUUUAUAAUCCUUAUAAAUUAAUUUAUUUUUUCAAAAAUGCAUACAGCACUGAGAAGCCUCAUCUGCCUUUAAAGGAGAGUGCAAUACCAGCGCGCGAUGUCUACUUUUCUGGACUAACUACAUUUUUGAAACAAUCUGGCAGCGGUUAUUUGGUUGGCAAAAAACUAUCAUGGGCUGAUAUUGUAAUCGGUAAUCAUCUUGAUGGCAUUUCUGAUUUCUUUCCAAACCUAUACGAAGGUUAUCCAGAAGUUAAAGAUUUUGUUUCCGGAAUUCUGGAAAUUCCUGCAAUAAAAAAGUGGAUAGAGCAACGUCCCAAAACGCCAUUUUAG